ACUUGGCAACCAGACUCUCCCAGCAUAGCGGCGCUGAUCUCCAGACUUGCCGUGUCCUUCAUCAUCUUCCCCAUGGCACUCCCCACUCUUUCAGAACGCCCAAGUCCUUUCUCCAUACGCCCUCUAACAACAUCAUGUGGGUCUGGUGCUGCCGGCUAA